UGGAUUAGACACUUUUAAGAUUAGGUUAUUGAUUUGUUGCUCAAGUUUACCUGAACAAAUACUACUAUAUCAGUAUGCACCUAGUCAUGUGAAACCAGACGACUGUGUCUCUAAAUAUUACACAGUAACUGUCUGGCCAUGAAAUUAGUAUGCACUGGAACACCCAGACAUAUUUCAUACGGCUGCAUGUUUGUAUUCACUAAGUUUGACCACUAAAAUGAUUGUUUUGUCUCUUGUAGGAAACAUCUUUGUGGUGAGCAUGUCGGUGGAAGACACGGUGGUGGCAGUGUACCCCUACCCCUUGGCUAUCCUGUCCAUCUUCCACAAUGACUGGAUCGUUGGGGACAUGCACUGCCAGCUCAGUGGCUUCAUCAUGGGCCUCAGUGUCAUUGGCUCCGUCUUUAACAUCUUGGCCAUUUCCAUCAACCGCUACUGCUACAUCUGCCACAGCCUGCACUAUGACCGCAUGUUCAGCACCAGGAACACCUGCUGCUACCUGGGCCUCAACUGGCUGCUCACUGCCAUGGCCACGGUGCCAAACUUCUUUGUGGACUCUCUGCAGUAUGACCCACACCUCUACUCCUGCACCUUCGCCCAGACUGCCAGCUCCUACUAGGCCAUCUCUGUGGUGCUGAUCACUUCCUGGUGCCCCUCUCGGUGGUCUGUUACUGCUACCUGAGGAUCUGGGUGUUAAUCAUCCAGGUGAAACAGAGGGUGAAACCAGAUGACAAGCAGAAACUAAAGCCCAACAACCUUUGCAAAUUCUUAACUAUUUUUAUGGUUUUCCUCUUGUUUGGUGUGCUGGGGACCACUAAACAUUAUUGGCCUGGCAGUGGCCAUUAACCUGGGAAUGGUUGAGCCAAAUAUCCCAGAGUGGCUCUUUGUCACAUGGUACUUUAUGGCCUAUUUCAACAGCUGUCUCAAUGCUGUCAUGUACGGGUUACUCAGUCAGAACUUUAGUAAGGAAAACAUGCACAUCCUCUUAUUGCUGUGUACCCCUCAAACAAUUUUUGUGUAAGGCUCCAGGUGUUGGACUGAGGGAUUUAAAAUAACAACAAGUAAACCAUCACAUGUAGUGUCAAACAGCAACCAGGCAAGGGUGAACCUGUAGGAGAAUAGCUAAUUACUGUUCACUUCAUCCUUUAAAAUAAUAUGAAAGGGCACAAGAUAAAUGUAAAGUUUUCAUAGGCUAUAACAUGUAUUUGAUCAAUGUUUUUUUGCAUAACCAUUAUAUCAUGCUUUGUGUCAUGUUUCUGAGCCUACAGAGAAGUUUGUAUUGUACAAUUCUGAUACAUUAGAUAUUUCAAGAAGUUGUCCUUUAUAAAUUGUACAUAGAUUACUUCAUAGAGCAUAUAUAUGAAACAAUACAAGUGCCAAAGGAGUUUAAAGCAAGACACUGCUGCGUCAUACAGUUUUGACCUCAUCAGUUACAGUGGGGAGAACAAGUAUUUGAUACAAUGCCGAUUUUGCAG